GGGGCGGACGCUGGAAGCCCCGCCGGCCCGGGCGCGGGACAGGGCCAGGACCAGGACGAGCGCGGAGGAAAAGGCGCGCGGGCGCUUUAAAUGCUGGGGGCUGAGCUCCCGCCGGGGCGCCCGCACACGCCGCCGGAGCCAGCAGCCCUCCUUCCCGCCCUCCUCCCUCCCUCCCUCCUUCCUUCCCCGGUCUCCGCUUGUUGCUCAGCCCCGGCUGCAGGCAGGCGCCGGAGCCCGGCCCGAGAGCCGCCAACAGGUGCCCGGGCCGGCUCCCGCCCCGCUCCGCCCUGCAGCCGGGAGGGGCAUGGGGAACCAGGUGGAGAAGCUGACCCACCUGAGCUACAAGGAGGUGCCCACGGCGGACCCGGCGGGCGCGGAGCGCGACGACGGGCCCCGCAUCGGCGUCUCCUACAUCUUCUCCACCGACGACGAGGAGCUGGAGCCGGGGCAGGAGGCGGGCGGCGGCGAGCAGCAGCCCUACGACCCGCGGCUGCACGAGCUGGAGUGCUCCGUCUACUACCGCGACGAGUGCAUCUACCACAAGGGCUUCUCGCCGCCGGACGCCGCCGCCGCCGACCUGAGCACCUACAGCGCCGAGCACCUGCUGAGCCGCUGCCAGCCGGGCGACCUGGUGGAGUUCGUGUGCCCGGCGCAGUACCCGCACUGGGCCGUGUACGUGGGCGACUUCCAGGUGGUGCACCUGCAGCGCCUCGAGGUGCUCAGCAGCUUCCUGACGGACGCCAGCCAGGGCCGGCGGGGCCGCAUCGCCAACGCGCUGUACCGCUACCCCGCGCUCAGCCCCGCCGCCGUGGUGCGCAACGCGCUGGAGCAGGUGGGCUGCAAGGAGCGCGAGCUGAGCUGGCGCAACUCCGAGUGCUUCGCCGCCUGGUGCCGCUACGGCCGGCGCGAGUUCAAAAUCGGCGGCGAGCUCCGCAUCGGCAAGCAGCCCUACCGCCUGCACCUGCGCCUGGGCCAGCGCCGCGCACACACGCUCGAGUUCCAGAGCCUGGAGGACCUCAUCAUGGAGAAGCGCCGCAACGACCAGCUCGGCCGCGCCGCCGUCCUGCAGGAGCUGGCCGCCCACCUGCAGGCCGACGAGGAGGACGGCGAGGAGGAGGAGGAGGAGGCGGUGGAGGGCGGCAAGCAGUAGCCCCCCGGGGCCGCGGGAGGAUGCGAGGGUCCCGGCGGCGCUGGUAGAGGGCAAAACUCAGGGAGACGUGGCCCCUUGCGUCGGCCAGACCCGGUGCCCAUGCUUUUCAGGUGCUUCCCCGGCAUGAUUUCCACCCGUCUGGCGCUGCUACAUGGCACCCACGAUUCAGGUGCCAGCUAGGUGUAGUGCUCCCUGGCACUGUUUUCACUUCCCGGACAGGCCUGGUGCUGCCUGGCAUCCACCGUCUUCAGGUGUCAGCCAGGCCUGGGGCUCCCUGGCAUUAUUUCCACCUGCCAGUGAGGUUUGGCACUACAUGGCACCCAUGAUUUUAAGGUGACAGCCAGGUCUGGUGCAACCUGGUGCCCAUGGUUUUCAGGUGCCAGCCAGGCCUUGUGCUCCCUGGCACUGUUUUCACCUCCCAGUCAGGCCUGGUGCUGCCUGGCAUCUACAGUCUUCAGGUGCCAGCCAGGCCUGGGGCUCCCUGGCAUUAUUUUCACCUGCCAAUGAGGUCUGGCACUACAUGGCACCCAUGAUUUUAAGGUGACAGCCAGGUCUGGUGCUACCUGGCACUGUUUUCACCUUCCAGUCAGGCCUGGCACUCCCUGGCAUCCACAAUUUUCAGGUGCCAGCCAGGCCUGGCACUACCCAGCACCUACUGUCUUCAGGUGCUGCUCGCUUCAGUGGGAGCUGAGGCCAACUGGCACUUAAACAGGAGCCAGCUGCUGGCAGGGUGCAGCCCUGUAGCCUGCACAGGCAGGAUUCAUUGUUGUCACUGGCAGUUCAUUGAUUUUUUUUUUUUUAUUCCCUCCCCCCCUCUUUUUGUAGUUGAGUUCCUAUUGAUAUCAUGGCAAGGGGCUCCUGACUUGGCAGGAGACCUUUGUGGCUUCCCAUCCUCAAAGGGAUGCAUAACUAUGAAGAUGAAAUGGGGUUUGAUGCAUCCGAUAAUGUCCUAUUUGAGGGAGACUCCCUUCCUCUCUGUAUGGUUGGCUUUUAGGUACAGUAGGACUGGUGAAUUGCCCUGAAGGGGUGAGGGAGAAAAUCCAGCAAGCCUGGAUGUAAUCGGGACUCUAACUCGUGCAGUGUGAUGUGUUUAAAUGCCAGUGCUCAUGAUGCCCUUGAUCUUGCUCCAGUAAAGUUAGUUGGUUUCUGCGGGAGCAGGAUUUGGGGCCUUGAAGCAGGUCCUCAGUUACCUUAAUGUAUUCAGAGAAGUUAGAGUGGUGAGGGGUGGUUUUAUGUUCUGGCCAAACUCCAGAGGCUCCAGCUGGUCUGAAUGCUGGAUUUGGUCUGUUUUGAUGCUGUGGUGUGCAUAGAAGUUUGCAGAAGCUUUUAAUCAUCAGGAAUACAACCUGUGUGAGAUGCCACUGGCUUGCAUGUAUGGCCCAGUGGUUAACUGGUAAAUCUCAAAUGGUGAUAUCAAGGGGGCGUUCUACAAAGGUUUCACCCCAUAGUAAGCAGGGCUAAAUCAGGAAAUAUUUGGGAGGGGAAAAGCCCCAUGUUUAGAGCAAGGGAAGGAAAUAAGUUCUCAGACUGGGAAGUGCAUUCAAACCUGGGGAAAUUCUGUUUUCUCUUACUACAAGUAAAUCCCUAAUGAGGAAUCAGUUUGAGGUUCUGUUUUCCCCUUGUUAAGUUUUCAUGGUACAGAGCUGAGCAGAGGAAAGAGGAAGUAGUCAUCUUUUGUGCGACCCAUCUUUAAAGUGGCUUGAAUAGCCUUGUCAACUAAAUUAAAUGUGUGUGGAGGGCAAAGUAUCACCUGCCUCUCACAUUCCCCACCUACUUCUAUAUGGAACAGUUUCUUUUGAACUCUUAUCUCUACUCCUCCCUCUCAUUUGGGUUCACAGUAAUGCCAGAUCUUCAUUGUAAGAGUCUUAAAUAUUUUUUGGUGUAUGCUGCUUCUGUGGACUGUUAAUAUAUGUUCUUCCAACCCCCCCUUUAAACCCACGGCUUUAGAAGCCAGCUUGAGGAUGAGCUGGAGUUCAUUUAUAGAGUGGAAAUUAAUAGUUUGAAGGAAACUUAGAGUAUAAUUAAGCAGUGUAUUAAAACUAAUUGUUUUCCCUGCAGUUGUUUACUUUGCUGCUUGCAGCAUAGCUGAACACAGCAAUCUCUGUUUCUCAAGAUUAGAGAGAGAAGUCUGUCAAUCACAAAUAAGCAAAUACCCACUUUGAAUAAUUAAGACUAUAAAGUAGCUUUCAUGUGUAUGAAAAGAAAACGGGAUCCAGAUAGAUUUUCAUUAUUAAGACUUAAGUCCUGCCUUCCAAAAGAAAAUACUUUUUUGCUAGGAAGAAACUUAUUUAUGGGGGCGGGGGGUACAGGUUAGGGUUACACAACACACUGUACCUUUUCCCCUUAAAUUUCCAUGUUUUAUUUUUGGUUUUGGAAUGCUUAGCUUCUAAGGAGAAUUUGUUUAACAUAAAACUCCUUUUAUAAUGCUGUAGCUCAGGCUUCUGUACUGUUUUUUCCUUUCCUGAAUAUGCAGUUGAGUCAUACUCUAGUUACUGUGAUCAGUAAGCACACAUGCUACACUGCUCAAAAAGUAUGAGAAUUAUCCACACCUUAACUGUGAUAAGGUUAACAUGUGGCUGUCGGCACACUUUUACUAACUCUGCCACCAUUAAAGUGUUUAAGGCUGAACCUGUCACUGAUGCUUUCCUAAACAAGAAUGAAGGGAAGCAUUUUGAUCUAUCAAGUUUUAUUUCAGAAGGAAUAAGAAAGAUUUAGGAUUAAAUCGAGACCACAAACGCAUGUUUCGCUGCUGUUCCUUUAGUCCUGAAAUCUUUUACAUAACAAAUAUUAUUUCGCUAUGUAAUAUAUGGAUGUAAAAUAAUAUUUUCUUACAACUAUUUUUGGAAGCUUAAAAAUAAUUCCAUCAUAAGAAUCUUACAUUUUUGAAAGUAAGUUGUUAUGCACAUUAUUUUGGAUGGAUUUAUUUUUGUCAUCGGUGAUCUAAAGUAUAUGCUAGGUCAUACAAUGUAGGAACAGCUAUAGAUGUCAAAUAUUAUGUAUCUACAGGGUACUGAACAGUAAGUUAGUUGUGAAAAUAUUUUCCUUCCCCCCCCCCCCCACUUUUGUGUCUGAAACAUCAGAAGAGUAUAACAUUUAAGCAUCUCCUCCUCCUCUUGAUGCAUCUCAGAUUCUGUUCUGAUUAUUUAAAAACAAAAAACCCUGCUCCUUUCUGGAGGACGGAGAGCAAAGCCUGUUACAAUCUAAGUGAAGCAGCUUUAUUGUUUCCUACAGAGCUUUGUGUACCGCUGGGCCCAUUGCAGUCUAGUGUAAAUUGCAUCUGAUCAUGAGGCCAAAGAGUGGAAUAGCAGAGCUCAAGAUGCCUUCCUAAAGUGCAGUGGGGAAGCUCUUCCAAAAGCCAAGCCCACAAGAGAGACCCUUAACAGCUCCUUCUUGCUGGAGUGCAGAACUGUUUAUGCUGUGAAACCUAGAACAUCCUGUCUCUUCUUUUUCUGCACCUGGAAUGAAGAUGUGCUUGCAGUUAAAAUGUACAGCUUGCAUAAAUGUGACUUACAGAAGAGUUUUAGGAAAUGGGGGUUUCUACUGUCUCCUAUUGCUCUGCUUUCUUUGUUUGUUUGUUGUUUGGUUUUCUUUGUCUUUUUAAAGGCCUGAAAGGUAUGAGUAAGGUAAAGCGAGCAACAAAAAUAGCAACUACCUGCAGUAUCAUGUCUGCUCUGCCUGGUAUUAUAAGAUAGCUUUGGAAGUGGGCUGAGUCAUAUUAUGAUCUCACACCUUUAAUUAAAGGGAUGUGGUUGUUGAAUGUUUAACAGGAAUAUCCUUUUCCCCCCAAGAAUUGAUUCAAGCAGUGUUGUUUAAUGGGUGUUAACAAGCACCAAUAAAACCAGCUUUAUGCAAUCUGAUUAAAAACCAUUCUUAUACUCUGGCUGAGCUUUGAGUUUUGUGGGUCUGCAGGAAUACAUAAAGAGCAUUGUAGUUGCUCACCUCGCUCUUGUGUGAGGCAGCGUCUCCUCCGCCCCGUGUUACUUCCUAUAGAAUCUACCUGGGCAGACUAGACUUGUAUUUGUAAUAUUUUUAUGUUUAAAAUCUCUUGAACAGGCGUUUUGUCCAGUCCUUCCAGACUUUUGUUGUACCUCAAAGGGAGUGUGGAAAUGAGUGGGUCCAACUUCUUAAGUUUUCCCCUGCAGGUCGCAUUUAAAUACAGGAAACUCAGGCCCGAUCCUUCCACAACUAAGUGCCAUUCAGCCAGGGUCUUAAGUGUGCACUUCCCUUUCAGCCUGUGCACAGCAUGUUGAAAUCAAUAGGACUGUGCAGACCUUUGAAGUUAGGUGCAUGUUUCAACUCCUUGCUGUAUAAAGACCUGGAGGUCUGCACUAAGACCUGCACUGGGAAGGGAGGACAUGAUUUUUGCAAUAAUCUACUUGAGGGAGGGUAAAGGGAAAUGUUCCCUUUAGGGCUUUAAAGCCGGCAUUUCAACACCACUUUGUUUGUCUAGUCCUGUCACCACCUUUUCUAAACAUUUAAUACGCUUAAAGAAGAGUUGUGAUUUUUUUUUUGUUUUUUUUUUUUUUUUUUUCUGCAAAUGCAUUAUCAUGCAUGAAUUCACUCAGGUGGGAAUUCCCAUGGGCACUGAGGGUACUACUCCGGUGGGUAACGUUAUGCAUGUGCUUAGGCUUGACAAGACUAGGCCCCAGCUGUGUUGAUGUAGCUCCAGUUAGGAGAUGCAGACAAGCAGUCUAUUUCCCCAGACUGCCCAUGUGUUCAAGGAAAAAUGAUUUUUCUUGAAAAAGGCCUUAUGAGAGAACCUACAACUGCCCUUGGGUUAAAGAUCUUUAAAAAUAUGAUUGAAGCAUUUAUUUUUGAUGGCAAGAAGGGGGAAAUUAAAUUUAGAACAACUUCAGUUUACCUUCAUAGAGAAUCGGGCAUUGAUAAAGUGUUGAUUGAGAGCUACUCUUAAGGCUGUCCAGUGUGGCAGAAUGGGGGUGUUCUUGACAAACAGUGCUAAUGCAUUAAAAAAAAUAUAUAUAUUUUCUUAAUUGAAAAGAAUAUUUUCUCCAGAUUGAAAUAAUCCAGUCUGUGGGUCUAGCCUUUCAGCUCUGCACAGCUUUUACAUCGGUGAGACAUAACUCAUUCCUCCUUCUUUAAAUAGUUUUCAGAUUUAAAUGAAAAGAGAUCCCCCCACCUUCCUCCUCCCCCAACCUGGGAGAAAUAUAUUCCAAACUUUAAAUGUGACGUGUUUUCUUCAGUCCUUCCAGAAGGCUCGUCCCUGGUGUGUGUGAGGUUUGUUUGUCAGGUGAUUUGCCACCUGUGCUUUUUGACAAUUAACUGCACCAACCGUAAUUACAACAGCCAUGUGGGAACAAAUAUUUUUGAGAGCAAAAUUUUAAUUUUAUAUGACAGAUCAGAUAUGAAUAACAAAGUAGAUGUAGGAAAUCAGUAGUUUCUAAAUGCAAUUUCUUAUUCUUAAGGAAUCUAUCAUUCAAGUACGUGUAUUCAAUCAACCAGUCUUAAGAGUUUAAGUGCAGUGAUAAGGUCACUAUCAUUGAAUGGGCAUAUGCUUUUAAACACAUUUUUACUUGUGAAUAAAAAAAAAUUAAAAAAAAAUCAGGGUAACUACAAACGCCAGUGGCUUAGACAGUUCUUCUCCAUUAGUAUAAAAUUGGGAGUUUUCUUUACGCAUACUUGAAGUUUUUUAAUGUUGUAACACCUUCAUGAAAUCAUCCACGAUAACAAGUGUAAUCACAACAAUGAUUUUUUUUCAUGAGCCUUUUCUGUAAGUCGUCUCUUGUCAGUAAAUGUUGAAUUGUUAGCGCAAAUAUCUUUUCUUUUCCUGAGAAAGAAGUACAGACUAUUGAUUGUACCAUUUCCUUCAAAAUGAAGGGCAUUGCAUAGCAAUUAAAAAGAAAUAAAAGAUUUAUAAUAUCUUUUAAA